AUGGGGCCGUCCCCCUGUUUCCUGGGCUCCUUGAAGAGGGUGGUGACGGACCCCACAGCGGGGGGGACAGGCAGGGCCCACGAAGUCCUCCGUGCAGGCCGGGCCGCCCUUCCAGUUGCUGUGAAGCCAGCGUGCAUGGGCGGAGGGUGGAUGGUGAAAGGCAGCGGUGAGGCUGCGGCAGCAGCGAGACCUCUCGGGUACGAAGAGCAGAAGGGAGACCUCCCGCAUCUCGGCGCCGCGACCCCGGCGACCUGCGGGGUCCGCGCGUGCGCAGCGCGCGUCCCGGGACGGUCGGGCCCCGAGGUGCUCGCGCGCGCUCCCGCCGCGCCACAGUCCGCGGUGGGCUCAGUCGCGCGGCCGGCGCCGCCCCCGCCCCGCGCGCUCCUCUCCUCCCAGGCUUCUCCGGCUUCCUGCGCUGAGGGAGUCGUCGCCGCGUCCCCUUCGCCGGCUUGCUCGCCCUGGCGGCGCCGUGGCGGCCUUCGGCACGUAGCGGACGGCGCGAAGCUCCUCGCUGGCGGGGCCGCGCUCCUGCUGCUCUGCCUGCUCCGCCAGCGGCGCCGCGGCCUCGCCUGCCCGGGAUCCCCUCACAUUACCAGAUGGCUGCUGGGGCUGCAGCUGUCUCGUGUACAUUCCAUGUUGCACGGAGGAGGGAAGCAAAGCAGGGAGGACAGAAGGAACGCAUUUCCAGUGUCUAGGGCAUGAGUCGGGAAGAUUCCGAAGGCUGGGGGUAGAGGUCUGGGGCCUGGAAUCAUCUGGAGGCUCCUUCACUCACAUGCCUAGUUUCUGGGCUGUGGGGACUUGAAGGCUGUGUCCACCUGGCCAGUUGACUAGAGAUCCUACACGUGGUCUCUCCAUGUGGCUUGGACUUCUCCCAGCAUGACAACUGUGUUUGGAAGGGGAGCAUUCAAAGAGCAGGUUUUCCAGGUGACCAAGGAGAAGUGGCGUGGCAUUUGAUGACCUCACUUCAGAAGUCACAUAGCAUCACUUCUGCUGCAUUCUAUCAAUUGAAGCACUCACAGGCCCACCCACAGUCAAGGAAAGAGGACAUAGAACAUACGUCUUAUUGGGAGGAGUAUCAAAUAACUUGGGGCCAUCUCUAAUACUCUGUUUUCAUUAAAGAAGUAUGAAAGGUAACAAGGAAUAAACAUGAUUUAGUUUGGAAGUGGUUUUUCUGUAAAUUACUCUCAAAAGAGUAAUGCAGUUGUAACCUGUCACAAUCUAAUAUGGGCAAGCAAUUAAGGGUUUUUAUCAGAGGCCUAAAAUCACUGUAAAUUUAAUCCUAGCUUUUAAUCUUGUUAAUCUUGGACAUUUAUAGUCUUAACUGUAGAAUAAAUCAUUUGGUUUUUUUUAAAUCAACAUUUAUUUGUACAUAUUUGUGGGGUACAGUAUGUUGAUUCAGUACAUGCACAUACUGCACAAUAACAAUGAUUCAUUGAGGGUAGGUAGCAUAGUUUUGUACACAGUAGUCCCCCCUACCCCACACCUCUGGUAACCAUUAUUCUACUCUGUACUUCUAUGAGAACCAAUUUUUUUUUAAAAGAUUC